AGUCGAAUUGAGUCACUUGAUUGAAUGUAACUUUUCACCCUUCCCUAUUUGCCAUUUGCCAUCUACCACCUGCCAUCAUAUGCACACCACCAAUUUAUAUCCACGGCCAAGAUCUUGACAGUCAAUCCACACAUAACGCCACCAAGCUUGGGAGGUACUUAAUCUACGGUACCUAGUUAAUGACUGACGCGGUCUUUUACAUGUGUAGCGAAUAUGCCAACAAUACCUAUACAUGGAACCACCAGUCACAUUGGUUCCCCGCAUUCCACUCAAGUCGAAGGUCAGGUAGACCAACAAGCUACUAUAUCGUCUACUAUGUCGCCUACAUCGCCAACUGGGGCAGAUCAAAGUAGAAGACUUUCCAUCUCUUCGCCAAAGAUGUUGUUUUCAGACUUAUACAAGUCCACCAAAGUACCGCUUGCCAAGUUACGGCAUCACUCACAGCCAGCCCCCGCCGUCGUCUUGGACUAUGACCCGGACCUCGUGAGCAAGGAUAAGUAUAAAAAGAAGUUUGCCGUCGAACGUCUUUUAGCAGAGAAGGUGCGGAAUGAUUGGCAAUUUACAUGGCCACCUGAGCCUACGAACCCAGUUCCGGGACAUGUCGGCGCCAAGGCUAAAGAUCAAAAAGAUCAAGAUCAAGGUCCUUCAGUAGAAGAAUCAGGCUCGGGAGAUGACGACGACGAUGCAGUCUCAGUGUACAGCACAGUUACAGAGGAUCUCGCCAAUUUUCGCCCUCGGGCUGAGUGGCUAUCAGAUAUGCCUCCGGAUAAUGACGAUGAAGGUCCCCCAUUAUCACCUUCGGCUUACCGAUUCGAUAACCCAGAUGCAGUAGGGGAUUCAGUAAAGAGAUCUGCUCUCGCCAAGAGUGCAAAGCGAAGACACGAGGUGCGUGCUGAGAUGGAGUGGAACGAUGGUUUAGCUUGCUUCAAUGCGCGACGCGACGCCUGGACUGGUGCAAAGGCGGCUCGUGUUCGUCCAAAACCAACUACCUCGAUACCUACCUCCCCUGCAGGAAAGCGUCUCUCUUUUUGGCAUAUGAGCAGCUCCCCCUUGCCUCCAUCUCCUCCAGAGUCGGUAGCUCUCAGCCCUAGUGCAACUCGUACAUCCGGCGACACCACUGCUGUAUGCUCGUCCGACGCAGAUGUCAAAGAGACGAAGCCAAAAGAGGAUACCUCUACUUAUCCGGUAGAAGUUCUCAUACCUAUACCCCCGCCUAUCCUACCAGCCAAUAUUCCCAUGCGCGUUUCUGUCGUCCCUAAUGCGUAUCCUGCUCUCUACAACAAGCUCGUGCUAGAGUCUGCGGCGCCCUUGGGUCCCGUCAAUCUGAGCCAUGUGAUUCGUGCUUGUGUUACUGGUUGGAAACGAGACGGUGAAUGGUCUGGCCGAGCUGCCGAGCUCCCGGCUGUGUGGAAGAAUAAGGUGCCAGAGGAUAAAAGGCGGGAGAGCAAGAGAAUGAGCUUUAGCUUCCUGGGAGGACGAAGGCAAAGCAGCACGGCCGGUGGUGAUCCUAUCAGCAAUACGGCAGAAAACAACAACAACACAUCGCGCCCAGAAAAAGAAAAGGAGGAUCAUGCGACAGGCAAGGCUUCCAUGCGAAGAAGCAUACAGCGGGUGCUUGGAUUUGGGCACGAGCGAACGACCAGCAAUGCUAGUCAGCAGGGGAAUAUGGCCGCAUGAUUUCAUGAACUGGGGUACAUGGGACGGGAUAUUACGAUACUCGGGAUAGAUGCCUAGGUUACUAGGCUACCUGGAGGAUGAAGGGCGAAGGGCGGGAAGG